AUGGCAGUUCAACCCUUGAACAAGACUAAGAUCAUCAAGAAGAUUACCAAGCACCCCAACCGUUUCCAAUCUGACAAAUACUACAGAGUUGGAGCCUCUUGGAGAAAACCCCACGGUAUUGAUAGCAGAAUCAGACGUAAGUACAGAGGCAACCAAAUGAUGCCAGGAGUCGGUCAAGCUUCCAACAGAAAGACCAGACACCUUUUGCCAAACGGGUUCAAGAAGUUGCUCAUCAGAAGCCCAAAAGAUAUUGAACUCCUCCUUAUGAACAACAGAACCUACUGCGCUGAAAUCGCCAACACCAUCUCUGGCAAAAACAGAAAGGCCAUCGUUCAAAGAGCAAAAGAACUCAAUGUCAGACUCACCAACAGCACAGCAAAGCUUAGAAAGCAAACUGCCGAAUGA